AUGGCAGACGCCCUUGCUACCAUGACGCCUGAACAGUUGUCUAUGAUACCGGCAGGAACACCGCCGCCUGGCGUCAUACCCAACUUCAUCGACCCUCCUACAAGCGCACCAGUCUUGAUUGCAGUGGGUACUGUGCUUAUGGCUAUCAUGUUAUUAUUCGCCGGCAUCAGGUUCUAUGUCAAAGUGAUCAUCCGCCGCAAGGUGACUCCUGAUGAUUGGACUACUCUGGCUGCCGUGAUCGGGACUUGUUGGUAUUAUGGCAUCUGCAUCCACGCCGUUACACGUGCGAAAUUUGGCACGCAUAUGUGGGACAUCUCCGUGGCUCAUACCCUCAGCGACGACUUUUUGAUAGCCAGUUUCUUCACCAAUUGGCCCUCUGGCCUCGUACGGGCAUUCGCCAAGUCAUCCUUCCUUCUCAUGUAUCUUCAACUCUUCAGUCCUUGGGCUUGGCUGCGGCGGAGUGCCUUCGUCGGCAUGUUCCUGAACUGGGGAUUCUACACAUCAGUCAUAAUCGCAAGUAUCUACUACCAAGCCCCGAACCCCGGACAGACCUGGCAAGAAGGAUUCACCAACGAACGCUACAACAAGAGCUUCUACAUGACUUUACCUAUCGCUUCCGGUAGCCUCAUCUUGAAUACUUACAUCUUCGUGCUCCCACUCAUCGCCGUGUGGAACCUGCGACUCAGCCCGCGCAAGAAGAUAGGCGUCAUGGCCGUAUUCGCGACCGGUUUGAUAGCAUGCGUCGCUUCUUCCCUCAGUAUCUAUAUCAAACACAAACUCAACAGCCACCUUGACGACUACACAUAUUGGGUAUACAUCGUGCUACUCAUGGCUUUGGUCGAGAUGUGCAACAAGUCUGGCGGUUUCGGCAACUGGGGCGUCUCUGCGCUCAGCUCAUUGCGAAGUCUACUCCGGCACGGCAAGUCCAGUAAUGCGUCCAGGGACUUUGAAACCUCCUGGAAGAGCAGUAGAUCUAAUGCCAUGGCCAAAAAUGCCCUACGUUGA